AUGUACGCUUUAUGGCGACGAUCUACUCGAUGGCACAACCUCAAUCGAAUACCAAGACUCCUAUAUGCCUCCUGCCAUUACUCCAAAGUUCCAGCUGUUGAAAAACCUCAUGUAAAUAGCCAUCAGCAUCCUCUGGAACCUCCACAAAAAGAAUCCAGUGCUCCCAUAGGUCAAAAAAUCUCCACCAUGGUAUUGGACUUUAUCAAACUGGAAGGGAAACACCUCAUAGACAACUUGGAAGCACGAGAUAUAAACGAGUCUGACUCCAAGGAAAAAGACCACCUACUAAAACAGCUCGACCCAAAAAUUCGACUAGAUCUUGAAAAUGUUUUAGACGACUACAACAAGCUCCAGACAUUGCUUUCCUACCAUCCCAUCUUGAUCAAUCCCGAACUAUAUUUGUACUACUUGAACCGAAUCGAUGUUCCAUUGGAAGAUGACGUGAGAAUUCUCGUGUUGAGGCGCCUAACGUUCCAUCGAAUGUUUGAUGAGUGUUUGCGCAAUAGGCAUACGGAGAUUUCAACCUUAGAUCAGAUAGAUGAAUACGUCGCCAUAGUUCUUGAGGAAUUGGACAAAAUUAAGGACUUUUUUUACGGGAUCGUUCAGUUCAUUAUUUCAGCUCGAACAAUGUGUUCUCCAAAUGUCUUUUCAAUGAUAGCAGAUACCGUAUUUCACAAAACAGGCAAAGCAGUUGAGGAGACGAAGCUUAGCGUCAUAGAUAGUUCGCAUUCAGACAGAAGAUGCGUAUCUUCUUCAUGCUAUAAUCUUUUGAGAGAUAUAUGCCAUGAUAUAAUCGCUAAUGGGCCAGCACCGGAAAAGGUGAAUCAAGCGGUAGCCAAGAUAGCAUCGACCCCUUGCUUGACGAAAGUACCUGGUUGGUCAAGGUUUCUUCAGCCAUCAGUGUAUCUACAACCUCACUUAUCAGGCAAUGGCUGGAAACUACCAGGUCCGCUCUGCGUCAAUGUUGUGGAUUUCCUUUUUCUCCACAAUAAGAACUCAGAUCUAACAUAUUUGUAUCAAGUAUACAAAUCAAAACUAAUGUGUGGUGACCACCAAGCAAAACAACACAUAAUGACGGCCUUAUGCUCGCGUAUGAUCAACGAAAACGACAACAUGUUAUAUACUGCAGUCAAAGAACAAUGGCACACAAUAACGGAGAACGUUUUGACAACGGCUAUGGUAAGAUUGAUCAAGAUUGAUAUAAGAGGUAAGAGAUUAUGCCAGUCAAUUCUCAUGUCGAAGCAAAAGGGAAGAGAUAAGAGGGCCUUCAUAGACCUUGUCAGCGCCUUCGUGAAUCUCUUACUAAUUGACUCGCCCAAUUCCAAACACUCCCAUUUGUUGCAGAUUCUUAGCGAAACGAGAGAUCGCAAUUUAGCAGGCAUCAUUUUGAGGCACACUAUCAAAGACCACAGAAGCAAUGUUAAUUUUACGUAUGAGCUACUUAAGACAGUUGCUACACACGAUGUGGAUUUUGAUCCUAAACCAUUGAUUGAGUUGGGCCGUGCGACACUUCUCUGUCAAACUAACAUCGAUUCAACACUCGCGGAAGCAUAUUUCAGCAGGCUUUUGGCAAGUUGCAUUAAGACGUUGAACUUGAGCACCACUAAUAUAUUUCACCUUGACCCGCUACUGGAUGCCUCAUAUCUGAGCAAAGCUCGAUUUCAUAACCGAAUCCGAGAGAUUGGACAAUUCGUUUCACUAUUGAGCCGAGAAAUGCGUGUUCAAAGUAUUGAAACGGUACAGCUGGUAUUGAAAAAAGGUGACUUCAUGCCCAGUAUUUCUCCUGAUUUCAAAGAUUACAUUUCCAGAUGCUUUUUGAAUGAGGUCAUGCGGUUUAUUGUCAGAAACGAAUCGAUCCUGGUGAGCUCAAGGAUAACCACUCUCAAAGAUAUUCAGAAGUCCUUGACAUUCGAUUCAAGUACAGUAAAAGGUUACAUUUGCAACAUAAUAGUCAAAAAUGACCCAAGAUACAGUAUAGAGCUAUUGCGGGACCAUUCAAGCUGCAAAGCGAAAUUGAAUAACUGUAUUAUGAGCAUGAUAAUGUCAGGCAUUCUUAAAGCUCCUCAUUUGGACAAUGAAGACAAACUAAAGUUGUUUAGAGAGUUCCGAGAAGUGCAUAAAAGCCUAGGAUACAAAAGUGGUGUAUCAAGAUCUGUCUUGAUCGAGCUAAUCAAUCUAAUUCUUGAAUGUGCCAAAGCCGAUCACAGCCUUCAAAAUCUAAGCUGGGUGUUACCGUAUGCAGCUCAGCGAGGAGUCCCUUAUAAAUUUAGAAAAGCAUGGAGGCUCAAGAUACAGCUGUUAUCAGGCGACAAUAUUCCCCGCAAGGUAAAGAGGGACCCUUAA